AGAAAACAGGGGGCUUUUAUAACUAAGGUGCUAAGAAGUCACCCAAGAAAUAGCAUUCCACCUGGAAAGGACAUACAUUCCAAGUGAUCCUGUCCAGCAAUUUGAAGGGAGUCACGCACCACCCUCUAGUCCAUUCUGUCAGGGAAGAGGACACCUUUGAGAAGCGGUUAUCUUCCAAGAACAGAGGCAGUAUGGAAGCCCUGCAGAAACCCACUCAGAGACUUCAAGGAAAAGGUUUGGCUUCUAUGUCUACUCACUGGCUCCCAGAGGAGAAGGAGACGCCCCAAAUCCUGGAACCUGUGACCUUGGAGGACGUCACCAUCGCCUUCACUAAGGCAGAAUGGGAGGGACUGAGCUCUGAGCAGAAGGAUCUGUACAAGGAGGUGAUGCUGGAGAUUUACGGGAUUCUGCUCUCACUGGGUGAGGAUGUGCCCCCUUCAUUCCUUUCCUUAAUUCCGUAG